AUGUCGUCAUGGAUUAAGUCACAUCAGUACGCGCGAGUUGACCAAGCCAUUGAUAAUGGCGAGAGUGUCCAACAUAGAGAAUCGCGGCUGAGGGAGUACUGGCAGAAGGUCAGAGUCCACCUUUUUUACGCGAUACUCCUCGUCUUAGUGGCGGGGCUCAGCAGACAUACUGCGCCUAGCAAAGCUACGCCAGAUUAUUACGGCGUUGAGCCUGUUAAGUCUGAGAUGCGAUUAUCAACCAUAAGCAGAACUUUUGAGUUAGAUCUCAAUUAUGCUAUGCCACCAUCCGCACAAGUCGAUGAAGCUUGGGCCUCGCUUCUUCCUAAGGAGGGUGGCUUCUUUCAACACUCCAAGCUUGCGCCGCAAAAAAGCUGCAUAGCGGUGUUCCACCAACUUCACUGUCUCGACAUGAUCCGUCAAGCACUAUAUGAGGCGCGGCCUGACAUCAUGGAGCAAGUCAACAAUGGGUCGCACCCUGCAGAUCACAAGGCAGACCAUAACGCAGGCCACGACACUUCUCCCGAUCACAAUCACGUCAAAGAUAUGUAUCAUAUAGGACACUGUUUGGACCUUGUCCGCCAGUCCAUUCUUUGCAGACCUGACCUGACUGUGGAGGUUGGCGACCCUGCGGUGGGCGGUGUAACGGGGUUCGGUACUGAACAUCAGUGCGUGAACUGGCAGGAAUUGAUGGACUGGAUGAAGGAUCACGAAUGA